CGUUACCCUUUUGGUAUUCUCUUCCCCAGGAAGUGGAACUAUCUUGUGUUGUUCAUGUUUAGAUACCUGAUGAACCUGAGUUUGGUUUUUGGUUUUGUGACUGACACCAAUCCGAUAAUAAUACUGAUUCUUUCUGAAUAUCCUUCUUUGGGUGACAAGUAUCAGAUUUUGUGACAGUUGAGGUGAGGGUAGAGAAACUGCAGAAGUAUUGAACUGAGCACUAAAUGGCUUCAACUGGGUUUGAUGAAGACGGUGAUAACAGAGGCGGUAUGUGGGUUUUGGAACAGAAGAUUGACCAGCCAAUGGAUGAAGAAGCUGAAAGGCUCAAAAAUACGUACAGAGAAAAAAAACUUUCUACAUUGUUGCUUCUGCGGCUUGCAUAUCAGAGUCUUGGAGUAGUUUAUGGAGAUUUGGGAACUUCCCCCUUAUACGUUUUCUAUAAUACAUUUCCUCAACAAAUUGACAAUCAGGAGGAUGUGAUUGGAGCUCUUUCUUUGAUUAUAUACUCUCUUACUCUGGUGCCACUGCUCAAAUAUGUUCUUAUUGUAUUAAGAGCAAAUGACAAUGGUCAAGGUGGAACAUUGGCUCUUUAUUCCUUGCUCUGUCGACAUGCAAACAUCAGAACCAUUCCCAAUCAGCAUCAUACUGAUGAAGAGCUAACAACAUAUAGUCGGUCUACCAUCCGUGAGAAGUCAUUUGCUGCGAAAACCAAGAGAUGGUUAGAGGAAACAUCUUAUAUGAAAAAUAUCAUUCUUAUGCUCGCCCUUGUUGGUACCUGCAUGGUGAUUGGAGAUGGUAUUCUUACCCCAGCUAUAUCUGUUUUGUCUGCUGUUGGUGGCAUCAAGGUGAAUCAUGCUGAUUUGAGUAACGGAGUAGUUGUGCUGGUUGCUGUUGUAAUAUUAGUAGGGUUAUUCAGCGUGCAACAUUAUGGUACAGAUAGAGUUGGUUGGCUCUUUGCUCCAAUUGUCCUACUUUGGUUUCUACUAAUUGGAGGUAUAGGCAUAUUCAACAUCUGUAAAUAUGGAAGCAGUGUUCUAAAAGCUUUUUCACCACUGUAUAUAUACCGCUAUCUACAACGAGAAGGCAAAGAUGGUUGGCUUUCCCUUGGUGGCAUUUUGCUCAGCAUAACAGGGACAGAGGCUCUUUUUGCUGACCUUGCACACUUUCCAGUCUCUUCUGUACAGAUUGCAUUUACUCUGCUAGUGUUUCCUUGCCUUCUUUUAGCCUACUCUGGACAGGCUGCUUACCUUAUGCAUAACUUGGACCAUUCAAAAGAUGCGUUUUAUCGUUCUAUUCCAGACAAAAUAUACUGGCCAGUAUUUGUUGUUGCAACAUUAGCAGCUAUAGUUGCAAGCCAGGCCACAAUAUCCGCAACCUUUUCAAUUAUUAAGCAAGCCAAUGCUCAUGGCUGUUUCCCGAGAAUAAAAGUUGUACAUACAUCAAAGAAGUUCCUUGGCCAGAUAUAUAUUCCAGAUAUCAAUUGGAUCCUUAUGAUUCUAUGCAUUGCUGUUACUGCUGGGUUUAAAAAUCAAAGUCAGAUUGGAAAUGCAUAUGGUACUGCAGUUGUGCUAGUCAUGCUGGUUACAACAUUGCUUAUGAUUUUGAUCAUGAUACUUGUGUGGCGCUGCCAUUGGAUUCUGGUGGUGGUGUUCACCGGCUUAUCGUUGAUUGUGGAAUGCACAUACUUCUCUGCUGUUCUCUUCAAAGUUGAUCAAGGUGGAUGGGCUCCCCUAGCAAUUGCUGGAGCAUUUCUUCUGAUCAUGUAUGUCUGGCAUUAUGGCUCAGUGAAACGCUACGAGUUUGAGAUGCAUAGUAAGGUCUCAAUGGCAUGGAUUCUCGGGCUUGGACCGAGUUUAGGACUUGUUCGUGUCCCGGGAAUAGGGUUAGUAUACACAGAGCUUGCAAGUGGAGUACCCCACAUCUUUUCACAUUUCAUCACAAACCUACCAGCCAUCCAUUCUGUUGUUGUUUUUGUAUGUGUGAAGUAUCUCCCUGUCUACACUGUCCCAGAAGACGAAAGAUUCCUUGUAAAGAGAAUUGGACCCAAGAACUUCCACAUGUUUCGUUGCGUGGCGCGAUAUGGAUACAAAGAUCUGCACAAGAAAGAUGAGGAUUUUGAGAAAAAGCUUUUCCACAACCUCUUUGUGUUUGUCAAGCUAGAGUCCAUGAUGGAAGGGUGCUCAGAUUCAGAUGACUACAGCUUAUAUGAUGAGCAGACUGAGAGGUCAACACAAGGCCUAUUGAACAAUAACACAAACACAGCUGCAUUGAAUAUGGAUCCAACAGUUUCAUCAGUGGAUUCAAUUGUAUCAGUCUCAUCUCCAUUGCACAUUAAUGCUACUAUUCAAUCCUCUGGUCAUGUUAGCAGCCACACCGAGGUCGAUGAAGUUGAGUUCUUAAACAACUGCAGGGAUGCUGGGGUGGUUCACAUUCUAGGAAACACAGUUGUCAGGGCAAGGAGGGAUUCAAGAUUCCACAAGAAAAUAGCUGUUGAUUAUAUAUAUGCAUUUCUCAGGAAGAUAUGCAGGGAAAAUAGUGUGAUCUUCAAUGUUCCUCAUGAGAGUCUAUUAAAUGUUGGUCAGGUUUUCUAUGUAUAGCCUCUACUCCUCUUCUCUUGGUAAUUCUUGCGUGAACAUUGAGUUUAUAGGCACAUUCAAUCAAAAGCAUGUUAAAAUAGUUAAUAAUAAUAAAAUAUGUAUUGAAAUCUAUAUGUUAAUAUUGUUUUAAUAUUAUUCAAAAGCUUUUGAUUGAUUGAGUUUAUAAACAUCUUGAUCACACUAAUUGUUCCACUUGAGCCCAAGAUAAGUAAGAUUUAUCAUUUGUGACAGUCAUUUUGUGUACAGUUGAGCUUAGUGUAGCAUAUGAACAACUCCUUAUGGUGUGCAGUGUGUACUAUCCAAAGGGAAUGUCUUCAGAAGAAUGACUUUGGGUAAUUUCUGUUGAAUCCUGAAAUUCAUUAUUCAUUUGAUGUUCCAAAUGCAUCA